GACCACCAAUUGUUUCUGCCCACACUCCCCCACCAUAUCCCUAAUUCGUCGAAUUUGGUCAUAAAGUCAAAUUAUCAUCACGUAUAGUAAUUGGUAUAUCUACACCUACUUUUGUCAACACUUAACACAACGUCGUGUAUUCGCGUACUCCUACUUUAGUUUCCUACUCAGCAACACCCUAGCACUUAUCCACUCAUCUCACCGUCCACUAAUCCCCCCUAACCUUUUCACAUUCAACGGCUUAGAUCUCUCCUUUUGUUCCCCCCACGUUCCUACCUUCUUAACCUUCUAAUUCCGCGGCGCCUCUCCAACGCAAUUCAACACAACACACCUCUCUUCUUCUUCUUCCUCACUCAACACUUUCUCUCUCCUCAACUCUCCAAUGCCUUCCCUCAUUUUCUCUCUCCUCCUCCUCUUUUUUCUCCAACUCCCAUUUUCUCUCUCCUCAACACUUACCCUCCCUCUCACCAAACACCCUACAACAAACCAAUACUUAACCCGAAUCCACUACGGCUUUCGCCUUCAACCCGCUCAACUCUUGCUGGAUCUUAACUCGCCUUUCUUAUGGGUGGAUUGCUCAACCUCCUCACCUAAACCCACCGCAGUCUACUGCCGCUCAAUCCAGUGCACCUCCGCCGCCUCACCUAAUCCAUGUUUAUCUUCUACUCCAAACUCAAAUCAACCCUGCUCGCUUCCGCUGCGCAACCCCGUCACCGGAGCAUCCACAGCGGGGGAGCUUGUCGAAGGUACUGUAUCCUUCGAUGACAAAAUCUCAACUGUUGAUUCUUUCCUAAUGUCAUGCGCGCCACCGAAGCUCCUGGCGGGAUUACCCUCCGGUUCGAGAGGUGUAUUCGGGCUCGGAAGAACCCGAAUCGGACCCAUGUCACAAAUUUCCCACAUAUUCGAACAUCCGAAAAAAUUCGCCCUCUGUUUAUCCGCAAAAAACGGGAUGAUUUCUUCGGGAAACAACGAAAUCGAAGCUUUCAAAUCAAUGCAAUAUACACCCCUUUUAGACGGGGAUUCAUCCUACAAUAUCAAUCUCAAAUCAGUCAAAAUCCAGCACAAGAAGCUACCACUGGAUGAACUAUCUCUAUCCUCUAUCAAAAUCAGCACGAUCGAGCCGUACUCGAAGAUCGAAACAAGGGUGUAUCAAGAAUUUGUUCAAGCUUUCAUAACGGAGGCUGAAUCAUUGAACUCUAAGUUGGUUAGGUUCCCGCCUCACGGUGGGUUUGAGAUAUGCUAUGGUGUGGAAGGGUUUACUGUAAGUCCUAUGAUUGAUCUGAUUUUGCAGAGUGAGAUGGUGAAAUGGAGGAUUUAUGGGCAUAAUUCAAUGGUGAAGAUUAAUGAUGAAGUGAUUUGUUUAGGAUUUUUGGAUGGUGGAAUUGAUUUAAAAGAGGGUUCAAUUAUACUGGGUGCUCAUCAAUUGGAAGAUAACUUGUUGGAAUUUGAUUUGGGAAGUUCAAUGCUUGGAUUUAGUUCUUCAUUGCUUAAAUUGCAAACUAGUUGUUCACAAUUGAGUUUGCAGGGUGUUCAAUCUUCCUGAUUAGUUUUUUUAUUAUAAUUUUUUUUGCUGUUGUAAAUUUUUUAGUUUUUUUUUUCUUUUGAAUUUUUGGUGGGUUAGAUUAAAGAUAUGUGAUUAUAGUAGAAUAACAAUUUUGAUGUGGGAUUAAUGACACUAAUAUUGUACGAAUAUGCUUUUGGCAUAUUCUAUGAUUUUGUAAAUGGGUACUCCGUAUGUUUUAAUAGAGAGUAUCAUGAAAUGAAGAAUUUGGCAUAAAUAUUAAGAAA